CGCCGGGCGCGUCACUUCUGGUUCGGUCCAAAAUGGCGUCCGCGACGUCUGUGAAGCGCAGCUGAGGGGCUCCGAGAGGGUUUAUUUUUUUUUCUUACCAGCGCCGAGUGACGUCACUCCUGCGAGACAGUGACGUCAGUUGAAGGAGGCGGAGGAGAGGCGAGCGCUGUGGACUGUGUUGACAUUUCGUCUCUUCUCUAUACUAACAAAGCCACCGCGGGAGGAAUGGGGCGCCCCGGCUGAGGUGGUAGUACUAAUAGAAUUGUUUUGAAAAUCUGGAAGAUAUGGAAGACGAGCAAGUGCGAUACAGCCGUAGACUGAGGAGCACACGUCGUCGUCGAUAUGAAGAUGAUGGCAUCUCAGAUGAGGAGAUUGAGGGCAAAAGAACUUUUGACUUGGAGGAGAAACUUCGUAGCCAGAAGUACAACUCCAACUUUAUCAUCUUCAUGGAGGGAAAAGACUUUAAUAUGAGGUACAUUCAGCAAGGCGGACUCAGGGACCCGCUGAUAUUUAAAAGUUCUGAAGGACUUGGCAUCAGAAUGCCAGAUCCUGACUUUAGUGUGAAUGAUGUGAAGUUGUUUGUAGGAAGCAAGCGCAUUGUAGACGUGAUGGACGUCGGCACCCAAAUAGGAAUAGAGAUGACCAUGGCACAAUGGGCAAAAUAUUAUGAAACCCCAGAUGAAGAAAGAGAAAAAUUAUAUAAUGUAAUCAGCCUGGAGUUUAGCCACACCAAGCUGGAGAAUCUGGUGCAAAGACCUGCAACGGUGGAUCAGAUAGACUGGGUGGACAACAUUUGGCCAAGGCAUUUAAAGGAUAAACAGACUGAAUCCACCAACGUCAUCCAGGAAAUGCAAUACCCCAAGGUGCAGAAAUACUGCCUUAUGAGUGUGCGGGGCUGUUACACUGAUUUCCACGUGGACUUUGGUGGCACAUCUGUAUGGUACCACAUUCUCAGAGGAGGCAAGGUUUUCUGGCUAAUACCUCCUACAGACAAAAAUCUGGAAAUGUAUGAGAAUUGGCUGUUGUCGGGGAAACAAGGCGAUAUCUUCCUGGGCGAUAAAGUGAAUGAAUGCCAGCGUGUGGAAUUGAAACAAGGCUACACCUUUGUUAUUCCUUCAGGUUGGAUCCAUGCAGUAUACACUCCUCAGGACACCCUGGUUUUUGGAGGGAAUUUUCUACAUAGUUUCAACAUCCCCACGCAGCUUCGGAUAUACAGCGUUGAAGACAGAACAAGGGUCCCCACAAAGUUUCGCUACCCAUUCUACUAUGAGAUGUGCUGGUACGUGCUGGAGAGAUACGUCUUCUGCAUGACCAAACAAUCGCACCUCACCAAGGACUUUCAGAGGGAGUCGCUGAGUAUGGACUUGGAGUUAAGUGGCCGCCGGAGACCAGAUACACCCUCUUCAUCUUCAUCUUCCUCCUCUUCAUCUUCACCUUCUUCUUCUUCAUCCUCUGAAUAUGACGACUCAUCAGAUCAGGAUUGGGAGGAAGAAGAGGGCUUAAGGAAAAGUGACAGAGACAGAAGGAAAGCUGAGCGGGAACUUCAGAGGAGGAGAGAAAGGGAACGACGGCAGAGAGAGCGGGAGCGUCAGCACAGGGAGGAAAGGAUACUUCUUUCUAGCUUUCACCCCUCCCACCAGCCUCUCACGCCACCUCCACCUACUCCUCCCUCACCAACAGCCAACACACCGCCAUGUUUAACAUGGUUUGAGCUUGAAGGUCUACUCUGCCUUGUCAAGAAGCUUGAAUCUCUCCCCCCACAUAGGAAGUGCCUGCCUGAUGGCAUUCAAGAUCCAGAAGCUCUUCUUGCAGAUGUCCGGAAGCUUCUGGAAGAACACGCACACGACCCACCUGAGCUUGCACUCACUGGAAUUCCCAUCGUUCAGUGGCCCAAGAGAGAGCAGUAUAAGGUUCAUCUACGGCCCAAAAUCCAGUUCACCAAACCUCACAUCAUGCGACCAGCAGCCAGACAUGCGGUGUCCACCACUACUCGGCCCGCGGGUACAAUUUCUGGUCACACGGCGGCAUCGUCCGGUGUCCGAAGGCGGCGGGUGAGGUGCAGAAAAUGUCAGGCGUGUCUUCAGAGGGAGUGUGGGACUUGCCACUACUGUAAAGAUAUGAAGAAGUUUGGUGGUCCAGGCCGAAUGAAGCAGUCAUGUAUGCAAAGGCAGUGCCUUGCGCCCAGAUUGCCCCAUUCUGUGACCUGUGCCGUAUGUGGGGAGGUGGACCAGACAAAUGACUCUCAAGACUAUGAGCGGAAGCUGAUGGAGUGCUCGGUGUGUAACGAGAUAGUACAUCCUACCUGCCUAGAUAUGGACGGUGAAGGUUUUUUGAGUGAUGAGUUACCAAACUACUGGGAGUGCCCCAAAUGUUACGAGAGCCGCAAGCAUACGGUUGGCACGGAUCAGGACCAAGUCUUGCUGCACAAAAUGAGUCGUAAGAAACGUAAGGCUGUGGACAACGGUGACUUGGAUCCCCAUUUAUCAGCCAAAGUUUUGAGGCCUCCACUGGUACAGAGUCCUCCAUCACCGCCACUACUUCUCCUCCCACCUUCUCCGUCAUCGGGUCCACCAACGCCGCCACCAAGCACGCCGCAAGUCCGAGAAGACCGAGCCAUGCGGCGGCAACUGACCAGGGAAAAAGAGAACCACCCGAGCGGGCGAGAGCACUCAGAGGCUGACCGAGGCUGGCAUCGGAGCUCCUACCACACCGUGACACUACAGCGGCCCCCAAAAGAGCUGAGUAGUUCUUCAAUUGUCCCCAAGCUGCAAGCCAUUACACCAAAUUCCCGACAUCCCAUCCGCCCACAGCCUCCUCAACCACCAGACGAUUAUUAUGACGACGAUGAUGAUGAGGAGGAGGACGAUGAUGAUGAUGAGGAGGAGGAGGAGGAGGAUGAAGAAGGGGAAAAUGGCCUUAUGUUCGGACAGAAGAAAGACCAGCUGUCCAUUCAGAAGGAUGUAUGGCUUUCUGUCUUCCAGUACCUCACCAAGAAGGAGCUCUGUGUGUGUAUGAGGGUCUGCAAAGCCUGGUAUAAGUGGGGAUGUGACAAACGCCUCUGGUCCAGGAUUGAUGUCAGCCGCUGCAAGUCUCUGGUGCCUCAGGCCCUAAGUGGCAUCAUUAAAAGACAACCAGUACAGCUCGACCUGAGCUGGACAAAUGUAUCCAAAAAGCAGCUAACCUGGUUGGUCAACCGAUUACCCGCGCUGAAAGACCUCAUUGUGGCGGGCUGUUCGUGGUCUGCAGUGUCUGCCCUCAGCAGUUCUAUCUGUCCUCUCCUACGAACGCUGGAUUUACGCUGGGCAGUGGGAAUCAAAGAUGGACAAAUCAGAGAUCUGCUGACACCGCCAUCAGAAAAGCCAGGACACGACGCACGCAGCAAGCUUCGUUUCUUGACUGACCUGAGGCUCUCUGGUUUAGACAUCUCUGACGUCACGCUGCGGUUGAUAAUUCGGCACUGUCCUCACUUGUCUAAGCUGGACCUCAGUCACUGUCCGCUCAUGUCAGACCAGUCUGUCAACCUGCUGUCUGCUGUGGGCUCAUGCACACGAAACUCUCUCACACACAUCCACUUGGCAGGUUGCAAAGGGGUCACAGAUGAGUCUCUGCUCUACCUACGGCGAGCCUCCAGCUUGACACUAAUCGACCUACGUGGCUGCAAGCAAGUGUCUCGGAAAGCAUGUGAGGGGUUUAUAUCGGACCUGUCUGUGAGCACCUUGUACUGUCUGUCAGAUGACAAGCUCAUCCAAAGGAUCACCUAGAACAUAAGGAGCAUCCACUGCAGGCGCGGUGUUGGAAGUGGCCACGUCGCUGGGGGACGCACAUUGUCAAUCACUCCUCCUCGUUGGCUCUCUCUGGCUCCCUUGCCUCCCUCGUCUGACACAAACAAGGAGCAAUAAUUGGCGUGUGUACAUCCUGCCCCGUCUCAGUUCCGUGAGGGGCAGUCACCUGGUGCAAGAAAGUGGGCUAAAUCUGAAACGGGUAUUUAAACCGCUUUGGCGGGCCCUGGUGCUCAUGGGUACCUUUCAGGGCUAAAACAUUGAAACCUCUUAAGACUGGAUCUCCAUAGUCACAGAGCAAAGAACUAUAUAUUUUUUUUUUUUUUCUUUUGGUUUUGGCUCCUAUUUUUCCAGAUCAGUCUCUCCUCCAGGCAGGUAAAUGGAGAGUUUAAGUGUGAGCGGGCAGCUCAAAUAUUUUUUUUUUUUUCUUCAUAUUUGGAACACCACAUCCAUUUUUUUUUUGUUACCCUCUGUUGAUCAUUAAGAGUGUUUGUGUGCAUGUGUGUGUGUUAAAGAGCACCUGUCAUUUAGUAUUUAAACGUAAUGCUGUAAAGGUAGGGGAGGCAAAAAGCGGUGUACAUUCUUCAUAUUAAGGUUUUAGUAGAUGUCUAAAGUGAUGAUUAGCUCGAGUCUUCUUUCAGUUUGUCCUCGCGUUUACAAAAGCACUAAAACUUGGGUGAGGAAACUUUAUUUUGAAGAUUUCAUGUGGGAAGCCAAAGCUGAUGUUUGUAAGCUGGUUUUAGAUUGUUUCAUACUUCAGUUUCUUAACUGUAGUUUGUGCUUUCUCCACAUCAGCUCUUCCAAACAUAAUUUUGUUAACCUUAAUUAUCUUGAAAACUUAUUUAGCUUUUCUCAUUAUUUCUUUAACUCUUCAGGAUAUCGGUGGGAGAACAAGGUACAAAAACCAAAUAAAUAUAGCCAGAAAGUCAGCGAUUUUCCUUUCAGCAAGGCCAAGUAGCCAGGACUUAAAUCCAGAUUGGACUUUCAAAAUCCACUAAAUACAAGCUAGGUGCAUCAAAACAAAAGGUGUUUAUAGUCUUUAGUUUUCUUUUAAAAGCAGCCACAUCCUGAGUAGAAAAAUCUGCCCCCUGCCAGCAAGUUGUAAAGAAGGACCCUUGUUCUGUGUGUGAUGGGACAGCUCUAGCUCUGACUCCGCAGCGUUGUGUCAGAACCUCUUCAGAGAGGUCACCGUUUCCCCACAAUGAACAAAUGUCUUUCUCUACAGCAUGCUGGCAGGUGACAGGCUUUUGUUACUUAGGAUGUGGCUGCUUUUUGUUUUAAUACACCCAGAAAUCAUUUAGCUGAUUUAAAUUGAAAAGUUCAGUUGGGCUUUAAUUAUACUGAAAAGUGGGGCUCAUCACAGUUCUAGGAUACACAAAAACCUUUAUUUAUUUAAAAAAAGGCAAAGCCUUCCUUCACAGCAUAUAUGGUCUUUUUACAAAACGGCAGGGGUCCUUUAAGGUUGAUUUCUCUGGGCGUUUGGAGCAGAGUGUGUGCAUGAAUGAGAGGGGCGGGCCGCUUCCUGAUAAAUAGUAAGAGUUAAUAUUAUAUUUUUUUGAAUUUAACUUAAGUUGGAUUUGUUGCUUUUUUUUGUUGUCUGUUGUGCCCGACCCCUCUCCUCGGUGAAAAAGUAGGUGCAGAAGAGCACCCACUAAUGCAUUAGUUCCUCCCACACUGGGCAGCCAUCUUUGCAUAUAGACAAAAAGUUCUAUAAAUAUAUACAGAAGGCCACUACUGCACACAUAGGAGGCAUGUGUGUGCAUUGCGGCCAGUUCCUUUCCCUGGCCCAUGACUAGAUUGUAUAAAAAGAGGCUGGAUAAUAUUUUUCUCUGCGGGGGCGCUCUCGCUUUCCCUUUGUUUCUUUUUGCAAUAAAAACAAAAAAGUUUAUGAUACAAAA